CCCCCUCCCCGACACAAACAUGGCGCCCUCCAAGAAGCGAAACGUGAAGUUGGGAAAAAUCUCACAACCAAGUGUCAAAGUAGCAAAAAUUGACCUAAACAAUACAAUCGAUAAUAUACUUGAGAGCAAAAAACACGCCAAUGACGUUUUUGACGUAUUUGAAUUUCUUCAGUCAGAAAGGGAAAAAGAUGUUGUCACGGCUGUCGAGGCGUGCAGCAAUUUAUUUUCCACACUGUUGGAAAGAAAGGAGCUCUUUAAAGGCAAACUGCCAGCAGAAGACGACGCACUAAGUGGUGAAUGUAGUGCUGAAGACAAAUACCAUAUCUUCAUAAGACACCGUUAUAACAACUGCGUAGAGAUGCUGCUUGAACAUCUUAGUCAUGAACUUCAUGCGGUCCAGGAAGCUUCCUUGUGCUGCUUGAUGAGGUUCGCAGCGGCAGAAGGACAAUAUCCCCUUGAGGACUUGGACUGGAGCGAACACUACAGUUUUCCAAGGGAACUGAUGCAGGCAAUAGUAAACAGACUGCUGUCCCGAACUAUGGACAAGUCUCUGCUGAUCUCUCGGUUCCAUGAAUUCCUGGAGAAAGAUGAUAUCCGCUAUUACGUCAUGAGUUCCAUCCGUGAGAAUAUCGGCAAAGUUAUGGACAAAAGCAAAGGGGAAGUGAUGCCUGUAUAUCAACACAACGUUUUCACUCUCAUGUCCAACAUCUGUAUGGCAAGGGAGGAGUCAGAGCUUUCCAACUUUAUGGUCAAACAGGAAGCGAAACACGAACACUGGAAAGCUGCUAAACUCAUUGAACACAAGCGUACCUUCGAGAGGAUGUGGCUUGGUUUCCUCAAGUAUAAAUUGCCGGGUAACAUGUACAAAAAGGUCUUGGUGAUCCUCCAUGAUGCCAUUUUGCCCCACAUGAGCAAACCUACGUUGAUGAUUGACUUCUUGACUGCUGCCUAUGAUGUCGGUGGAGCCAUCAGCCUGUUGGCCCUCAAUGGACUUUUUGUCCUCAUGCAUGAGCACAACCUCGAUUACCCAAACUUCUACAAGAAAUUGUAUAAUCUCCUGGAACCUUCCAUUUUCCAUGUCAAGUACAGAGCCCGCUUUUUUCAUUUGGCCAACCUGUUCCUUAGUUCAAGCCACCUGCCGGUGUACCUCGUGGCUGCUUUUGCCAAACGUCUGGCCCGUUUGGCCCUCACAGCCCCGCCCACAGCGCUCCUCAUCGUGCUGCCCUUCAUCUACAACCUGAUCCGCCGCCACCCUUCCUCUCGGGUUCUCAUUCACAAGCCCAGCGCAGAAGAUGAGCCUUUGGAAGACCCAUAUCUGAUGGAUGAGGACGAUCCAUCUCAGUGCCACGCCUUAGAGAGUAGCCUGUGGGAAAUUAAGACAUUGCAGAGACAUUACCAUCCAGAUGUGGCCAAAACCGCGACGCUCAUCAACACGCCCUUGUCACAAAAGGAGGACGACAUUAGUGAGGUGCUUGAGAUAACAACUUUUGAGCUGAUGGAGCGAAACUUGAAGCAGACAUUGACCAAGAGCAUCCCACUGGAGUUUGAAGCCGCCACGCAGCUGCUGAGCGUCGGCAAAGAUGUGAUGGGACAGCACUUCUGUCUGGAGUAAGAGCGUGGGAUCAAUACUGGUGGCCGUUUAAUAUCUGCGGGUUGAUUGCAACCCAGCAUGAAGAUGCCUUUAAUCCAAAAGAAGCGUCAAGACUAAGGGACAUGUUGACGUGCCUCAUCUAUAUUUUUUAAAAUGUUUUUACACAACUCAUCACAGUCUCAAGAUUUUUUUUUAGCGUGUUCUCUGACUAAUCCCAACUUUAUGAAACACCAUGAAAUGACUGCGCAAUUGAGUAAAUGAAUAGGCAGUAAUUUGUCGAUAAAUUGCACGGGAUGUACAGUAUGUAAACAUGCCCCAGAAUAAAAUUAAAGUCAUGAAUCAUA